CAGAUUAUUUGGCUGCUUCUAUUUCUCUUUGGGGAUUUUGGUUGUGGAGGCCGGUAUUCCAUUUUGUGCUGGAAUCCGCUGUUUUGCAGAGCUUGUUCGUAGUCAGGGGCGGCCUGAUGGAAUGAUUCACUGGAAUCCGAUAUACUGGAUAUGCGUCUGUUAAUAGAUGCGGGAAUUUGUUUCAGGAUAGAUGGGGGAUGGUUGGAUUUGCUGUUGACGUAGAGUAGUUGGUUGUUUGGUUUGCUGUAAGGCUUGAAGGACCCAUUUUUUAGGCUGAGUGUGGCAUCGAGGAAGUUGGUGGUGUGGAUGUUCGCACAAAAGGCAAUAUACGAUGAUACAGUGUCUGUCAGUUCAUGAAUAUCACGGGUGUUGUUGAUAAAGACGUUCCAUUAGGUAGCCUCUAAGCAACCUACGAGUUUUUCAAUAUGUUCAGGAAAUGGCUUUGUUUAUUGGUGCUUUGCUUGCCGCAGUUAUAAUCCUAGUAGCAGGUGAAACAAAUUAUUCGACACAGUCAGCAUUUACGGCCAAGUUGACAACUGGGCUCAACGCAGCGUUGGACAAAAAUACACGUAUCGUCUUCGAUUCAGUCUUGACCAGCGUCGGCAAUGACUACAAUCCUAAAGAUGGCAGAUUUACUACCAGCAUCUCAGGAACUUAUGUUUUUUCUCUGAGUCUAAUGAGCCAGUACUCAUCUAGUAGUACUGCGUUUGGUUGUUUGUACAAGAAUGACGUAGAGCAAAUCUGCGUCUGGUCCAACGGAAACAGUGCCCACGAGAUGUCGAGCAAUACGAUCACAGUCAAACUGAAAAAGGGUGAUGUCGUUGAGGUUGCCCUAAAGGCUGGACGGAAUUACGCACUUCACAACUACGGUCAAGCUGGAUACUGUUCAUUUACUGGCUUCUUGCUUUACCCAGAAGAGAGUCUUCUGGAAAAACUAUUAAAGACAAUCGACACAUUGAGUAAGUAGGCAUAUAGGCCUAUGCAAAAUUAUGAGGUAUAGGGCCUACUCUUACGGUUAAUCAGUAGCCUAGUGGUGGUAGUAUAUUCGACUGAUUCGACGAAUAUAAAUUGACAGACAGGCAGACCACACGAUAUAACACAAUUCAUUGUAGUGAAUUUAGAUAGAUACCGUAGCUUACUUGUUUAAUGAGUUUAGUUUAUUUUGUCAUUCUGAUCGGAUUUUCUCUACUGUUCCGUUUUAAUUUUAAAUAGUUUUGCAUUAUGUGGCCGUUUGCUGUUUGAUGGGUUUCCCAA